GAAUCCGAGCGGUUAGCGGCUCGCACUUCUGGAAGCGAAGGCCUGGUGCGCGACGGGCCGGCGAUGCAGAGGGACCCUGGGAGUUGCAAGCUGCGGGCCCCUCUGAAGCGCUCCAGGAUCCUGCACAUGGCACUGAUGGGGGGCCCCGACCCCUACAGUGAGCCAGAUGCCAGCCAGGAGAAGCCCUUUCUACUUCGGGCACUGCAGAUCGCAUUGGUGGUCUCUCUCUACUGGGUCACCUCCAUCUCCAUGGUGUUUCUCAACAAGUACCUACUGGACAGCUCCUCCCUGCAGCUGGAUGCCCCCAUCUUCGUCACCUUCUACCAGUGCCUGGUGACCACAGUGCUCUGCAAAGGUCUCAGCACACUGGCCGCCUGCUUUCCUGGUACAGUGGACUUCCCCACGCUGUGCCUGGAUCUCAGGGUGGCCCGCAGUGUCCUACCCCUGUCAGUGGUCUUUAUCAGCAUGAUCACCUUCAAUAACCUUUGCCUGAAGUACGUGGGUGUGGCCUUCUACAACGUGGGCCGCUCGCUCACUACUGUCUUCAAUGUGCUGCUCUCCUACCUGCUGCUCAAACAGACGACCUCCUUCUAUGCCUUGCUCACCUGUGGCGUCAUCAUUGGUGGAUUCUGGCUUGGUGUGGACCAGGAGGGGGCAGAGGGUACCCUGUCUUGGACCGGCACCCUCUUUGGCGUGCUAGCCAGCCUCUGCGUCUCGCUCAACGCCAUCUACACCAAGAAGGUGCUCCCAGUGGUGGACGGCAGCAUCUGGCGCCUGACCUUCUACAACAACGUGAUUGCCUGCGUCCUCUUCCUGCCGCUGCUUCUGCUUCUGGGGGAGCUGCAGGCCCUCCGCUUCUUUGUCCAGCUGGGCAGUGCCCACUUCUGGGGCAUGAUGACGCUGGGAGGACUAUUCGGUUUUGCCAUCGGCUACGUGACAGGCCUGCAGAUCAAGUUCACCAGUCCCUUGACCCACAACGUGUCAGGCACGGCCAAGGCCUGUGCCCAGACGGUGCUGGCUGUGCUGUACUAUGAGGAGACCAAGAGCUUCCUCUGGUGGACAAGCAACCUGAUGGUGCUCGGGGGCUCCUCCGCCUACACCUGGGUCCGGGGCUGGGAGAUGAAGAAGGUCCAGGAGGAGCCCAGCCCCAAGGAGGACGAGAAGAGCAGCAUGAGGGUGUGAGCCUCUGCAGGGACCUCGGGAUGGCCUGUCCCAGGAGAAUACCCCCCUGAUGCAGGGAAACGUCUCUUACCCAGGGCAGGAGCCCCCAGGGGGCAUUGUUUACAGACCAAUCAGAGUCGGGUGGUCAAAUGGAACCAGUGUUGCAAGUAAUGUCAGAAAGUUGCCAAUCCUCUCUCUAUCCCCAUUUUUACUUGGGGGUUUUGUCCUCCCGUAGGGAGGAGGGACCCCUACCGGGAAAGCACACUAGCCCUUGGGGAGCAGCAGUGAUGCACCCCUUCCUGCCCCUCUCCCAGGGCCGUUUACCUGCACGUGCCCCUUGGGGUUGAGGAUAAGCCACAACCUUGAAGGAGCAGUGUGGCAAAGUGCGCAGGGACAUGAAGCUGUGCCCCCCCCCCCCCCCCCACAGGCCCAACCAAGAGGUUUGGGACACCUCACAUGUCCAGGUUCCAGGGGGCAGCACAGCUGUGGCCCCACAAACCCAGCUUCCCUGGGAGGGACAUGUGGGCUGGGCUGGGGGGGAAGGGGCCAGCGUUCCCUCCUCUCUGCAGAGGCCACCAGGCCCUGUGGAAGGGGGCAAAGGAUCAGUUGUGCCUGUGACUGGCCCUGGCACCCCCAGAGGCCACUGGGAAAUGGCCUGGGAAUGGGGUAUAUCAUGGGAAAGUGCCCUUUCCUACCACCCCCAUGUUUCCAGCUCCUGAACAUGGGAACCCCAAACCUCUCACAGAUGAGGCAGGGCCAUGAGCACGCUCCCCAGUCCUGACACAGGUUCAGCUGCCUCCCUCUCUGCCCCAGCACUGGGCAGCUGCCUGGCUCAGCUACAGAGUGUGGCCAGGGGCCAUUGUGCCUCUCCAGCUCUGCCUCCCCCAGAGCUUCUCCCCUGGGGGCCUGAUGCAGCCUCCUCCUGGGUCAGUGAACAACUGUGAUUUUCCCUGGGGUUGGGGCUGACAGAGCCUGAUGGUCCCCUCACUGCCCUGCCCGGGCCUCUGGGCAGCUGUAGCCUGUCCCUUCUGUUGGGGGAUUUGUUCCACCCAUCUCCGCCCCAGGGUAACUCCUGAUGGGUUUGGUCCCUAUAGGGGACCACAGGAAGAAUGCAUCUUGUCACCACCCCCUCUUCCAGGAACCCCCACAAUCCCAGGUGAUUUCUAACUACAUUGGUGGGGCCUGAUCCCCUGAAUUGUGUGUGACUUAAUUAAAAUCAGAGUAAGACA